GUCGUGUCGUGUCGAGUCAACCCACACAAGAAGGAAAAAACCCCAGUCGACUGCCAUCUGUCUGUCUGUCUGUCCGAGUCCGUCACGAAGUGUUCAUCUGCUGUGGCAUCGUUUUGUCGAGUUUGUCCAUGGCCUCUUCCACCGUGGCGUACGCGUCCUUCUUGGGCUGGAAGAACCUGCGCCUGUUCCUGGGCUCCUGCAGCCACGCCAGAAACAAACGGCACCUGCACACACACACACAGGGCACACAGAGAGCACUUAGAGAUGCACUCACUCAGAGAUACGGAAUGGGUGUCCAUAAAUGUUCGACGUGUCUGUCUGUCUGUGUAUGUCUGACCGGUCCAUGACGUUGGCCAUGGCUCCCUCUUCUAGCACAGCCCUGGGUGCGGCCGCGAGCAUCUUAGGCAGGCGCACGAAGAGCCGCAGCAGGUAGAUGCCGCCCGCCACCUCACUGGGCUUGGGGAAGUCCUCACGCACACUGCCGCUCCCCGCACGCUGCGGAGACACCGGCGACUCGCCCCCCUCACUCUGGCCGUGGGCACCGCUGAUAGAGGAUGGACAAACAGACAGACAGACAGUAAAGGCAUGACCAGACAUGCCACCAGGGCCGCGUGCGGUAGUAUCGAGCCGGCUCACGUGUCCUGGUUGGCCAGGUAGUUGUCUCUGAUGCGGGUGAAGACGGCUUUGACGUAGGCCAUCUCGUCCUCGGUCACCAGGUGCGACUCGAAGUAGGUGUCGAAGUACCACUCAACCGCAGCAGCAAAAUCAACCAACACAGUCUGGCUGGCCUCCGUCUUGGGCAUGCUCAGCUGACUCCCGCCACCUGCUGGCGACGCUGCUGCAGCGGCGGCCGCGGCGGCAGGCGCAGGCGCAGCUGCUGCUACAUAGACGACACAAGCAGCAAAGAAGGAAGCCAAAUGGAUGGAUGGAUGGAUGAGUGGUAUUGUGUUUUGGUGUUCUACAUACCCUGUGUGUCGGAUGCCGCUGCAGCAGCUGCUGCGGGCGCCUCGAGUCGCUGCCGCUUGUUGGGCUCGAACUCCGAAUCUCCAUCCAGAUGACGCUCCAGGAUGCCUGACACACAUCACAAGACAACACAACACAACACCAGAAAACAAGCUCACACCUCCCGCUGCCCGACCGCCCCCCUUCGGUCAUUUGCUCACUCACUUGUGUCGACCUUCCUGUCCCAGAUGGGGUGCCCCUGCUGUCGCCCCUUGGUGUGGCGCACCGACCGCCGCUCCCGCUCGACAUCCAUGCGCGACUCGCCGUCGGCACUGUCGUCGUCGUCGCUGGUGCCCCGUGCCUUGUCGUGCUGCUGCUUCUGGAAGUCGAGGAUGAUGUCGUAGACGGAGAUGGGUGCGGGGAGGAGUGGCACCUUGCCGUCCUGCACCAUCUCCCAGUCCUGGUUGAUCCUCUUCUUGAGGUCCUCGGGGAUGGCCAUCCUGUCCCACAGGUGCUUGUAGUGCUUCUGGUUCGUGUCGGCCGAUGAUGUGUCGACGGGCAGGACGCGACGCUGGCUCUUGUAGGCCUCCAUCUGGCUCUGGCACUGCUUGCACUUCCACACGAACUCGUCGCUCAGCGGGUCGAUCGACUCGCGACGCUCGCCCACCACAAUGCACUUCGCCAGAUCAGCCUCCAGACACUUCUGGUGACACCAACUGCAACACACACACACACACACACACACACAUCCAGUCCUGUGCACGUGCCUGUGGUGUGUGUGUGUGUGUCACCGCUCGCAGAAGUUGCACCCGACCCAGGGAUUGCCGUCCUCGUCCGGAUACUCCUCAAACACAAUCUGGUAGCAAAACGGACUGCACACAACAGCGCACGCGAGACGCACCAAGAGACCACGGAUGCCGAGACGAUAACGGAGUGACAGACUGCUCUGCUGACCCACCAGUAUCGCUUCUCUUUGUAGGAUUUGUAGCAUUGGCUGCAGUAGACGUUCUUGCUGUCCUUGCGGCCGCCGGGCGGCAGGUGCCGACGGUCAACGAACCCUCCAACAUUCUGCAGGCGUGACACCACAUAUCCACCGUGCGAUUGCGGUUGAGUGACUCAAUUGGAGUGACUGCUCAUUUGUUUGGCACGUGCCUCACUGACCUUGAGGUUGAGUAGGGUGGGCUCAUUCUCGCCGGGCGGAUGGUCCUCGUCUGCGUUGCAAAGGAUGUUGGAGCACUUGGUUCCCUGAUGCCCCUUCAUCCACCGCACUAGAGUCGGGUCGACCUCCUGCUGCUCCUCCAUGCUCAUCUCGACGAGGUAUGCAGUAGCACAAGAUCAGAGUAUCCUUGCUCGACGGCUGGCAGGGUUGCCCAAG